UUUUUAGUAAUUUAUGUUCUAUUGAAAUUAUAAUGACCUUACUAUUUUAUUACGGUUCCAGUUAUUUUUCAUUGUUGAUGGUCAUCCAUUCAAAAUGAACGACGAAAAUACACAAACACAUGUUACGUGUGACGAAGGUAAAAUGCCAAGAAACUACCUGCGUUGUACAAGCUAUAGCUCAACACAGAAUUGAAAUGGAAUGAGCAAAUCAGCUCUCAGAUACAACAGAAUGAUCCCUAUAAGACGAGAAAGAUCUGGGUACCUGCUGGCUGUAGUAUCCCUCCAACCGAACGUUAGCUGAAACUCAGUUUGAACGCAGACGCCGUUUAUACACUCUGUGAGAGUUACGUUAAGGAAUACGAUAGUGCUUCAUAUUUUUUUGGAACGACAUGAUAAUGCUCUCGUUGGCAUCCUUGGAAUUAUCGAAUUCCUCAAACAACGUCUUCGUAUCAUUCUUGCAUCAACAUGUCAGCGAAAUCAGUUGUAUAUAGAGUUGAGACGUACAUUGUGCCUCAUGUAAAUAAAUUACCGGCAGAAGUUAUCUCUAAUAGAAUCGAUGACGUCAAAAUAGCAAAUCAAUUAAAUAUCCAAUCAAAUGACAAAACGUGCGAAAAUAAUGUGCAAAAUGAAGAGUCAGGUGAACGUAUAGAAGUCAGAAAGUGUCUCGCGAAGAGCAGCAAAUUAAUUGGUGUAAAAGUGAAAGAUGCGACGAAUGAAAGUGACAUUGUACUCGAUACACAAUCCGAUAAUGACGACGACAACGAUAAACGGUGCUACAACGACGAAGAUUUUUAUCACUGUGAUGGCCGUAUUAAAACACAAAGAACGGAGUUUAAAAUAUCGAUUGGAGAACAAGACACGCUGUAUCCUGUGAAACAAUUCAAAAGGGUUAAUAGCCUGAUGUCCAUCGACGAGAGAAGCGAAGGCUCCGAGAUCAAGCUGAACGAUUUCUGCUAUCAUGGAUAUCAGAACGGUUGCACAGCGUCGAUUCCGUCACCUGAGGAAGUCAGCGAGGAGGUUUUCAAGGAUAACUGGCUGCAAAAGAUAGAAAUCCUGCGGCAACAAGAGAUCAGCCUGACGGAGAGGGAAAUACGUCUACAGAAUCGAGAGAGAGAGGUGUUCAAGAAGGAGAGGGAGCUCAGGAUCGCGGAGAGAGUCCUCAGGGGAAAGUUGAGGCAGGUGGAGCAACAACUGAAGCACCAGAAGGACAUCGAGACCGUGCAGAAGAGAUUGGAGAGAACGGCACGAAUUAUAGAGUGCAAAUCACUGGACGAGUUUAGCAACAAAAGUUGUGACGAGUACGCGAAGGACAAGGAAUUCAAUAAAAAGACGAAUCUAACACAUACAAAGAGCCACGCAUCAUCGAGGCAUCUGGCUUCGUCGAUUAGCACUAAUAUCAAUUCAUACAGUAGCAUGCGGUACAAAGAGAAGCCCAAGAUAAGCUACAAUGACCUGGACUCAACACUGUCAGCCGACAUUGGAGACGCGUCCUUCGUACGUACGUCGGAACGGUUCAAUCCGGAGGUUUUCAAGAAGCCGUACGCGUUUACAAGAUCGGCAAGCGAGCGGCGACCUAAGCUGAAGUCACAAAUGGCGCUCAAUAUCGAGGGGAGGCCUGAAUAUGCUAUCGAGGAGGACAAAGUACUUCGGAAGCUAAGCGAAAACAUUUGCGUCUCGCAAGACAGGGAUACGCGAUUCCAGAAUUACGGACUUGUGGAUCGUGCGUCAGAGAAUUCACAGAGCAAACUGGAACAUAAUUCCAAGAGCGACGAGAUGUUAUUCUCGAAACAGAAUUUGGAAGCUAAUAAUAAACCCGGCCACCGCAAAUCAGUCUCAGGUGCUUCCAAAGACAGACCAAUUUCCUGGAACGAGGAAAUGAACGAGUGGUUACAAAAGAAGCGCCAAGCAUAUAAUUUGUCGAUUAAGAAUAAGGAAAACUUCAAGUGCAAUAAUGUUACAGAAAAAAGCAGCAAGGCCUCAAAGAACAAAAUAUUUACUAUAUUUCGUUAGCAUUACUGUUAGUGAUAGUAAUAGUACCUAAAGCAAAAAUUUGUUAAUUAAAAACUGAGUUCUCUGCUAGUUGCAUCUAAAGUUGAUAGAAAUGUAUAGGGCUUACAGCAAUUUUAAUCCAUACUUAAUAUAAAAUAAUUUAAAAUCAGUACAAAUUUUAAAUAUAUAUGUCCAAUCUAUUUCAAUAACAUUACAGUAAUACUAUACUUGUUGCCACUUCACUAUACAAGAUUGUACUAUUUAUAGUUUCUUAUACUUUAUCAACGCUGAUGACCAAAUAAAUUACAUAAAAGUGUUAAUAAAUAUAUUACAUUAUGUCUAAAC